AUGCCGGAUGAUAAUCAGUUGAUAGAUUUGACAGCUGCUGCAUUUCAGCUCAGAGAUGGCAGUAUUUCAGUAGUGGAUGAAGUAAUUCCUGUGUACCUGUACAUUCAGAAACUGACUCUGGAUAAUAUCAUGGCUGAACCCAAGAAAAAAUGUAGACAAUAUAGUAUUGAAUAUUUGAACUAUGGCUUUAUUCAGUCGCCUUCAAACAAUACAUUACCGAUGUGCCUGAUUUGCCAAAAAGUUUUAUCAAAUGAAGCUAUGAACCCUUCAAGACUACAAGAACAUUUGACAGAAGUUCAUGCUGAUAAGAAAGAUAAGGAUUUAUCUUAUUUUCAGGCACUUAAAGAACAUUUUUUGAGACAGCCGACAUUGGCAACACUCUUUUCAAUAGCAUCCAAAGAAGAUGACGAUGGGUUGCGUGCUUCUUACAACAUUUCGUUACUGAUUGCUAAAUCGGGAAAACCACAUACUAUUGGUGAAGAACUAAUUCUACCAGCUAUAAGUGGGGUAAUACGCACUAUGCUACACAAGCCAGCGUCUGAUAUUACCAAAAAAAUUACUUUGAGCAAUAAUACAGUGCAAAGAAGAAUUGAUGAAAUGGCUCAAGAUGUGGAAGACUUGUUACGUGAGUAUUUAAAAACAGCCCAGUUCUCUAUACAGUUUGAUGAGUCAACUUUGCCAGGAAAUGAAGACUUACUUUUAGCAUACAUGCGAUUCAUAAAAGAAGAAAAAAUUUGCCAAGAAUUAUUAUUUGCUAAAAAUUUGCAAACUGAUACUAAAGGAGAAUCAAUAUUUCAUUCAUUGGAAGAGUUUUUUAAAGAAAAAGAAAUCCCCCUGAGUAAUAUCUUGUCAGUUGCUACUUAUGGUGCUCCAGCGAUGAUAGGGCGCUACAGGGAUUUUCUUGCAUAUUUAAAAAAAGCGGUUCCAAAUGUAUUCGCUGUACAUUGUGUCAUUCAUCGUCAACAUUUAGUUGCCAAAAAUCUGAGUGAACGCCUACAUAGGUCAUUACAUUAUGUCAUUAAAGCAAUCAACAAAAUCAGAAGCAAUUCAUUGAAUGACAUUGUUUGGACAACUUUGCAUUGA